UUUCGUGUCAGUUCACGUUCGAUAUUUGUGUUGUUUGGUCGCGGCUAACGGGGCGCACGAAAACAAAACCGAAUCGAAGCAGCGCAACGGAACGGAACGAGCGACGCGUCGCGCUUUCUCCAUUAAUGAAACAUCCGCAACAAUGACUCCGCGCGUAUGUGAGUGUGCCAGUGUGUGAGUGUGCACAUGUAGAUGAGGCGUAGGCACUUCCAGUUGUUGCACUAAACAUAAACAGCAGCAACAAUUCAAAUUUGACCACAGCAAAAACAACAACAAUAACAACAACAGCGAACGGAAGUCAACGGCAGCCGCAGCCAAGUUUAAGUGUUUGCCAAGAUUGCGAUUUGCGUGUGUGUCUGUGUGUGAGUGUGAGUGUGUGCGUGUGUGUUCGCGUGUGUUUUUUUGUGUAGCAUACGUCACGGGCGCCAUCAAGUCGCAACUUGCUAAGAGACGCUGCCUACGGCCAGGCAGCCGCCAAUAAAAAAAUAAAAAAAAGUUAAAGGCAAAAAUAUAUAUAAAAAAUUUGAGCUAAAUACAAAAAGCCAACCGAAAGUUUUCAAGUUUCAAGUGCGCUAAAUUCCAUGUGUUGUGCCAGCGAAAUACAGAACUAGCUGAAAAGCCGGGAUUCUUCUCCGAAACGGCAUGGGAGGCGCCAUCUGCUCGAGAAGCCAGCGUCGUAGGCGUUGAGCACGUGAGAGCCUUGAAAAAAUGUCCGCUUGCAUGACAAUUGUAGCGUGGAGGCAUUCAGACAACGCAGCAGACAGCAGCACCGUGGAGCGCAGCGUACGUGAAGUGUGUGCCAAGAACUUGGGGCAAGCAGCAGAAUAUAAGCAGCCACAGAGAGAGCAACAACAACAACAACAACAACAACAACAGCAACAGCAACAAGAACAACAGACGGGGCAAGGACGCUAAGCCACAUGCAGCGCGCAGAGCAGGAGGCUUAGCACCUGCAGCAGCUCAACGCAGACAGAAGAGCAACGCACGGAAUAACUAAUUCGCUUCAGCUGACAAUUAAAACAGGAAAAAAAGCAAAAUUUAACACAACAAAAAAGAUAAAAACAAACAAAGAAUUAAGGGCACGCCACAAACAGUUGUUGCUGCGGUCAAUUACAGCAACAGACAGCGGCAACUACUUUAACGACAGCAGCAACAUUGCAACAACGCCAUUUUGACCAAUAUUAAUAAUGAAAAUGUUGCUGCUCUUGAAGCGACAACUGCCGCCAGCAGCAGCAGCAGCAACUGCAGCAAGCUCAACAACAACAACAACAGCAACAACAAGAACAGUGACGAGAGCACGAAGAAAACCAUUAGGAGCAGAGCGCCAGCUGCUGUUGUUCCUGCUGCUGCUGCUGCUGGGCAUUGCGUGUCACAGCAGCAGCGGCGCUGGCAUCAGCUACAGCACCAACAGCAACAACAACAACUCGGCCAAUCGCAGCAUGUCAGCUGGCGGCAGCGGCGGCCUCGUACUGAUUGGCUCCAGCAGCGUUGCGAGCAGCAGCAUCGGAUCCACAGCUAAUGCGGCCACUGCCAGCGCUGUGCCCUCAUUAUCGCUCACUUCGUCAUCCUCGGCUGCGUCAUCGUACGCCACCUCGACUAGCAGCAGCAGCAGCAGCACGAGCACUAGCAGCAGCAGCGGCAGCGGCAGCAGCAGCAGCAGUAGUAGUAGUUCAUCAUCGGCAAACCGAAGCAGUCGACUAACAAGCAACAGUAACAGCAACAACAACAUAAAUCAUGAUCAAUUACCCGCACAGCUCUCAUCGCGCAUCAUCCACACACGCAAUGGCGCCAUCUCGGGCGUAAUCGUCCAAUUAGAUGGGCGGCAUUUGGAUCCGGUUGAGGCGUAUCGCGGCAUACCCUACGCCUCGCCGCCCGUUGGAAAUUUACGUUUCAUGCCGCCCGUGUCGGCGGCCAUGUGGUCGGGUGUCAAAAAGGCGGACAGAUUCAGUCCCGUCUGUCCGCAGCGGCUGCCGGACAUACACAACGAGACCGCGGCGAUGGAGCGCAUGCCCAAGGGCCGCCUGGAGUAUCUAAAGCGCUUGCUGCCCUAUCUGCAAAAUCAAUCAGAGGAUUGUCUUUAUCUAAAUAUUUAUGUGCCCAUCCAAGUUGGCUCGCGGGACUCAACGGGCAGCAGUGGCAGCUCCUCUGGCGGUAGUUCUGGCAGCUCCUCCUCCUCAUCAUCAUCGUCAUCGUCAUCAUCGUCUUCUUCUUCCUCAUCGGGUGGCGGUGCAAGCAAGUAUCCGGUACUGGUGUUUGUCCACGGCGAAUCGUACGAGUGGAACAGCGGCAAUCCCUAUGACGGCUCGGUGCUGGCCAGCUACGGACAAAUAUUGGUGGUGACCAUAAAUUAUCGCCUCGGAGUGCUCGGAUUUUUAAAUGCCAACACGGAUCGCUAUUCUAAGCUGCCAGCAAAUUACGGCCUGAUGGACAUCAUUGCGGCCCUGCAUUGGCUAAAAGAGAAUAUUGCGGCAUUUGGCGGCGAUCCCAACAGCAUAACCCUAGCGGGACAUGGCACUGGUGCGGCCUGUGUGCACUUUCUGAUAUCAUCGAUGGCGGUGCCGGAGGGUCUGCUCUUCAACCGGGCCAUGCUCAUGUCCGGCUCGGGCCUGGCACCGUGGUCUCUGGUCAGCAAUCCCGCCAAGUAUGCGGCCAUCGUGGCGCAUCACGUCAACUGCGCCUCGGACCUGCCGCACGCCCAUCUGAUGAAGUGCCUUCGCGAGAAGACGCUCGAGCAGCUACUCAGCGUGCCCAUACGACCGCCCGAGUUCGGUUUUGCCUUUGGCCCCAGCAUCGAUGGCGUCGUCAUCGAUGGCGGCGACUAUGUCCCACCCCCGCCCGGCUCGCCGGCCGCCCAGGCACAGGCUCAGGCCUCAACGGCAGCUGGCAACGGUCUGGGCGGAGAAGCGGGUAUCGCAGCUGCAGGAGGCUGGGGCACUCCCGGCCAACUGGAGAAUAUAGUAUUAAUGAGAAAAACAGCCAUUAACAAGUUGUCAAGAUACGACCUGAUGGCUGGCGUGACACGUGCCGAAUCCUUUUUCAGCUUCAAUUCCGGCGACGUGCAAUAUGGCAUCGAGGCGGAUCGGCGUUCCCGUAUUUUAAAGGCCUACGUACGGAACACGUACACAUUCCAUUUGAACGAGAUAUUCGCCACGAUUGUCAAUGAAUACACGGACUGGGAGAGGCCGGUGCAGCAUCCAAUUAAUAUCCGCGAUGAGACUUUGGAGGCCUUGAGUGAUGCUCAAGUUGUGGCUCCAGCGGCUCAAACUGUGGACCUGCACUCGGCAGAUCAUCGCAACUCGUACCUCUAUGUGUUCGACUACCAAACACGUUUCGGCGACUAUCCACAGCGCCAGGGCUGCAUUCAUGGCGAGGACUUACCCUACAUUUUUGGUGCACCGCUCGUCGGCGGUUUGAACCACUUCACUCGCAACUAUACGAAAACCGAAAUCAGUCUAUCGGAAAUCGUAAUGUUUUACUGGUCCAACUUUGUGCGCACUGGCAAUCCCAACGAACAAAUGGAAACCGAACAUGGCAGCCGGCAGGAACGCAGUCGCUACAAAACCAUCGAAUGGACGGCCUACGAGAGUGUGCACAAAAAGUAUCUGAAUUUCGACACCAAGCCAAAGCUGAAGAAUCAUUAUCGCGCUCAUCGGCUCUCCUUCUGGCUGAACCUCAUUCCCGAUCUGCACAAGCCGGGCGGCGACAAUGUGCCCGCUGCCCAUCACCAGCUGCACGACGACGACGAUGAGCUGGACAACAACAUUGCCAGCGAUGCCUCGGUGAAGCCCCUGAAUCCCUCGUACACGUCGAGGGGUGCGAAUGCCGCGGCCAUGGGCAACUAUACGAUAUUCACGAAUCAAGUCUUCUCACUGCUGAAUCUCAGUUCGCCGUCGUCCUCGCUGCAGCGCAACGGGACGCGUUACGGCGGCGGCAAGAUCUAUCCGGACGACAUUUUGGAUGCGGAUCAUGCGGCUGGUGGGGCGGCCAGUGCUUCGCAGGAUAGCGACGGCUUUGCAGCCUACUCAACGGCGCUGAGCGUGACCAUUGCGAUUGGCUGCUCUCUGCUGAUACUCAACGUCCUGAUCUUCGCGGGCGUCUACUAUCAGCGGGACAAGACGCGGCUGAGCGAGCCACGCAGCCAGACGAAGCUGAAGCGGCAGGAGAAUGGCCAAAUACCCAACAACAUCUGCGGCGACCUGGAGACCCUGACCAUCCAUGCAAAGAGCGAUCCGGCCACCAUACUGUCGCAUCAUCAUGCCAUGCAGCAUCAUCAGCUGCCGCCGCCGGAGUUCGCUGACAUUCCGCAUCGCGCGCCGCCGCCGCCGAAGCACAUGAAGUCGUCGCUGCAGGACGCCGGCCAGGUGGGCGGCGGCGGAGGCAUGAUGCCGCCGCCCCAUGCGCUGCAAGUGCUGGGCAACCAGUGCGGCACGCUGACCAAAAAGAGCUGCAUGAAGCAAACGCAGGCCACACAGCAGCAGCAACAGCAACAGCAGCAGCACUCACCCGCACAGCAGCAACACGUGGUAACGCAUCAGCAGCAUAUGCAGAAUCAUCAUAAUCAGAGCAUGACCACGGUGCUAACCACUGCCGGCGGCCUGAUACCCGUGCCCCAGCCACCCACAGUGCCCGUAAUUGUGGCAACCACAACGCAACAGCACGCACAACAGCAACAGUCGCAGCAGCAGCAGCAACAGCAGCAGCAGCAGCAACAACAGCAGCAGCAGCAACAACAACAUCCGCUGAUGGAUGAGCUGCGUGUGUGACAUUAAUUGACGGUGCGUUUCAAAUGUGAUCUCUAAGCUCAGAUCAUCUAAGCGCACAGUCCGAACAGCCGUUUCAAACUGAGUGUGUAUGAAUGUCUGUGUGUGUGUGUGUGUGUGUAUUUGUGUGUUUGUAUUUGUGUGUCUGCUGUGUUAGUUGAUUCAACUGUGCUGCAUUCGCUAACAGAGUUUGUUUAUGUUAGCUGCCUGCUGUGAAUGUUAAGCUGCAUAUGUUAAAUAGUUCAUUUUAACAUCAGUUUUAUUGUAUAUAAAAAGAAAUUAAAAAUAUUAGUGGUGUUAAGUUUAGUUGUUGUCAUUCUCCAAGCAAUUAGAUAAACAAUUUUAUUGUUUCAAUUUUCCCAAUAAAUUAUACUUUAUUAAUAAAAAAAAAAAAAAAAAAAAAAAGAAAAA